AUGGAGAAGCAUUUUGUUUUCUGCACGUUAUGUUACACUAUUCUGUUUCACCUUUUACCAUAUGACGAAGCAACACCAUGGGCUAGGAGACAGUGUGAACAGGUAACAAAUGGCUAUGAUUGUAGUGGCAUGAACCUACAAGUCAUUCCAGAUGAGAUACCAAAUUCUGUCCAAAUUUUGAUAUUUAGCUUUAACUAUUUUCCUGCCCUAUACAACUCUACUUUUCAGAGGCUAACGAGCUUGAAUUAUUUAGACCUGACAAGAUGUGGCAUCACUUUCAUGUAUGAAGACAUUUUUAAAUAUCAGCUUGACUUGGCGGCCCUUAUCCUAAUCGGAAACCCACUUGUGUUCAUCGCAGAAAGAGCUUUUUCUGGACCUCUAGCACUCAAAUAUCUAAGCCUUGCGCAGUCAAAGAUACAAAGCCUAUCAGACAUCCCAUCAGAUAAUCUUGCAUAUUUGGAGGUACUGGACAUUGGGGGAAGCGAAAUUCGCUCAUUAGAUGGACUAAGCAGUUUCCACUGUCAAAACUUACACAGCCUGCAGUUGGACAUGAACUCCAUUGACCAGAUAAGAGAGGAUGAUUUAGCACCACUCCGUAAUGUGCAUGGAAUGAGCAUCAGCUUCAAAGGAAACGAUUUUGUCAGUAUAGAACCAGGUGUUUUUAAGUCACUGAACUUGAGUAGUCUUGAUUUGAGUGGCUGCCUUAGCAAGAUGAACUUCUCCUCCCUACUGAAAGGGCUUGAAGGCCUUAAAACCAACAGACUGAACCUGGGAUUGUAUGAAACUGAUCCAAACGUGUACAUUCCAUCAGUUGCACUACAAUCUUUCUGCAAGAUCUUUGUUACUGACCUGGAUUUCCAGCUUCAGCAUUUCUCAGACAUAAAUAACUUCCCAUUUGAUUGCCUUAAAUGGAUUAAAAAGCUUGACCUUACCAGAGCCCACCUGGAUUCAUUGCAAUUUAACAUGACUGGCCAAUCUACAUUGUCCCAUCUGGUGCUAGAUGAGAACCGCUUUAAAGAUGUCUGUAGCAUCAACACCAGAAACUUUCCCACGCUUACAUACUUGUCUAUGAGUGGGAAUUCAAAGCAACUCAAUUUUAGCAGCAAAUGCUUGGAGAGUCUUCGAAUCCUAGAAGAGCUGGAUCUCAGUCUUAGUUUAGUAAAUCCCAGGGGACCUUGUUGUAAUGACCAGCUGUUUGGUCUGAGUGAACUGAAGCUCCUCAAUCUCAGCUAUGGCUCACAAAUGUUGUGGAGUUCACAGCCUUUCAGUGCAACUCCACAGCUGGAGCACUUGGACUUCAGCCAUUCAUACUACACUUUGAAUGACAGUUCACCUUUUAGCAAUCUACAGAAUCUCAAAACUCUAAAUCUUUCCUGGUCCAAUACCAGUCUGACAAACAUUCAUAUUUUCAAAGGGUUGAAGAAUUUGCAACUUCUCAAUUUGAAGGGGAACACAAUUCAAGGAGGGGUUCUUACCCAGAUGGAGCUCUUUAAAUAUGUCCCUCUUUUGGAAACCCUCAUUCUAUCUUCAUGCAAAAUAACUGCUUUUGAAGAGAACUUGUUUAAAGGUCUCGUGCAUCUCAGGCAGGUAGACCUGAGUGGAAACAAGUUGGUUAAACUGAGCACCUCUGGAUUUUACUCCCUGCAUUUUCUCCAAUUUAACUAUGCCAGUAAUGCCAUUGUGACAGUGGAUGUUGGAAGCGUUAUGGAUCUGGGAAAUAACAGUACUGUUGAUCUGAGCUACAAUCCCCUUGUAUGCAACUGUAGUAACUUUGAGUUCAUCAACUGGGUUAAAAAAAACAAAAUCAAAGUUAAACACUUAAUGGAGACCACUUGUAAUGGCACAGGUACAAGGAUUAUUGAUGUUGAACUUCAGUGUGGAUUACCUGGCGGUGUAAUUGCAUUUGUUAUAAUUCUAGUUGCAAUCCUAAUUACAUUGGCCAUUUUCUGCCUUGUCAGGAGAAUUAGAAAAUAUUCAAGAUAUUCUCAACUGUAAAUUAAGAGUUUGUUUGGUCUCGUUCCAAAUAAAGACUACACAAAACAUGCACUCAAAAAAAAAAAAAAAAAAAAAAGGAUUCCUGGCAUUUGCAUCUAUUUGAUUUUAUUAAAAAAAUAUUUUUUAUUAUUAUUAUUAUUAUGUACUCUGAUUACAUAAAAUUAAUAUAAACCUGUUAACUGUCAAGACUAUUAAAUUGAAUCAGUUAAACAUUAUGAAUAGGAUUUAAAUACAGCUGGCUAAAGUCAUAUCCAAUUAGUUAAAUUGUAUGAGACUGGUUUAUAUACAAAUGGAAUGGUUUACCAUACUCCAGUCGGCAGGUGGCGGUACUGCACAGUGAGCUGUGUAAAGCAUCUUUAGUACUGCACGUGAGUGAGUGCCUUUCAACCCUCACAAUACUCACACAUUUUGAUUUUAAUUUACCAUUCACUUUAUGUCAUGUCAUAAUAGUAGACACUCAAAUUCUAUAAUAAAUAUAUUAUCUGAGCUCCCACAAUGUUUUUUUUUUUUUUUAAAUUAUGGGCCAUUUUUUAGAGCAUAAAGCAUAGAUAUGUCCACCCUGUCGUGGACAUAAAUUACAGUUAAAUAUGUUUUCAUUGCACUAUUAAGAUACAAAUUAUACUUUCUGAAAGUAUGAUGUCCCUUUCCUAAACAGGGUUAUUUGUUUGCUUUCAAAUUAUAAAUACAUAAAAGAUUUUAUGUAAACAAUGUUUUUUUUAAAGAAAUUCAUACAAUUCGCACAUGUAUUUUUUUUUAUUUGGAGAAAUAUUUGAAUAUUUAGACGCAGUUUUUUGUUUGCAUGUUAUUGCCCCCACACCUAGCACAAUGAAUUAUAUAGGUGUGAUUACAUUAUUAUUUUAAAUAUUAUUUAAAAAUACCAAGAUGACAGGGUGGACGAGCCCACGACGGAGUGGACACAAAAAGCAUGACAAAAUAUGACAAUGAAACAUUUAUUCAACUUAAAAAAAAUACAUAUAUAAUUACAUUCUCAAUCACAUUUAUAUAUAUAUUUUUUAUUACAACUGUUAUCUACAGCAGAUGUUUCUAUAAAUUGCAAUAAUAACUACAAAUGAAUGCUAUGUCCACCCUGUCAAGUGUAUGUCCAUCCCAUCGAGUCUAAGUGGCCGACAGGGUGGACAUUUUUUAACAAUGACAGGGUGGACAUUUUGAGCUUCAAUUAGCAUAUUAGAUUACAACAAACUGUGACUAGCUAAAUAGUUAGUCUGGUUGUUGAAGAGAAUUUGGUAUAUUUAAACUUACAUAUUUUGAAAAUAUUGUAUUUUAAUCACUUCCUGUAUAUUUUAUGGCGACAGGGUGGACAUGUUAAGCUUUGGCAAAACAAGUAAGCAAACUUAUAUGAAGAAAAUUUGUCAGUUGAAAAGUCAACUGCUACUCACCUCGGCAGUUGAAAUUCCCGCCACUGAAGAUAUAAAAAAAAUCUGUUGUAAUGAUGUCACUAAUGGUGAUAGCCUCUUCUUAAAGGGACAGAUUCCGCAAUACGACAGGGUGGACAACCAUUCAAGGGACAUGGACAAACUCUUUUUUCUUAUUAAAUAAAAAUAUUGUUUUUAUUACAAAAUGAUCAAUACACUCAAUUUGAGUAAUAUCUUAUUUAACAAAAUAUCAAUAGGAAAACAAUAUAUAUAUAUUUGGAUUUGACUAUUUUACUCUCAUUCAAAUUUAAUGAGCAUUGCCUGGGACAUAGCAAAACAACAUACAUCCUCUCAUACAAAACUAAAAAAAAUAUUGAAAAUGUAUCUAAAGUAAUGCUUCUGUUAUGAAUAAAAAAACUUAGCCUAAUAUAACACACCUUUCAUAGUCAUUUGUAUGUUGGGUUAUCAUGGCAAAUUAGUUAUUUAUGUUCAGGACACCAAAAGGCACCCUACAGUGAUAUUGACCCUGUCCUAUUGUUCCAAAUUAUUUAGAUUUUUUUAUUUUUUAUUUUUUUAUGAAACAUAAGCAGUAGUUAGCCCAUGUAUCACACUACCUCAAAUAUGCAGUUCUUGAGAAAACUGAUCUUAUUUCUGCACUCUGAUAUAAAUGUUUUUAACAGUUCAUUUUCGUUUUUUUUUUUUUU